AUGUCUACUCCUGAUUCUCGCGUGAUCAUCGUCGGCGGCGGCGUGUUUGGGCUGAGUACCGCUCUGUGGCUCGCCCGUGGUGGUUACAAGAAUGUAACCAUCUUCGACCGCUGUCCCUUUGAAAAGAAUCACUAUAAUCCCGCUGAUGGAUGCGAUGGUGCAUCUGCGGACAUCAACAAGAUCUUUCGCGCAACCUAUGGAACACGGGAGCACUCUCAAGACCUGGCCCAAGAGGCCAGAGAUAUCUGGAUGGAAUGGAACAAAGCCAUCAAAGAGAGCCGACCAUCGGAUCUCCCUCAGCCUCUGACUCCUGAGGAUGAAUUGCUUAAGAUGUGCGGUGUGUACCACAUGGCCGAUGGCCCGGAGAUGGUCGACCGCUAUGUUGAAACCCUGCGUGUCAUGGAGGAGACGGCACCUAAAUUCCGCGAUCUGCAGUUCAUCAAGGGCAGCGCAAAGGAUGAACAGCGCGCCAAGGCGCUUGGUCCCGAGUGGGAGAAGAAAUACCACCUCUUUGACAAGUUCAGGGGUGGUCGCACGAACGGAUUCCUCGAUGCAGGCUCCGGAGUCAAUCUCGCAGACAAGGCCUGUGUAUAUGCCCGGCAUUUGUGCGAAAAGGCCGGUGUCAAGUUCGUCUUGGGGCAGCCCCAGGGUGAACUGGAUCAGUUGAUUGUCAGCAAGUCUGGCUCGAGCAAGCGGGUGGCGGGCAUCCGAACCCGCGAUGGUCUCAGUCACUUGGCGGACCUUGUCGUUGUCGCCUGUGGGCCUUGGACAUCAUCAGUGAUUCCGGAGGCCAGUCGCUCCGUUGAGGCCACAAUGGGAACCGUGAUGUUUGUCGACAUCCCAGAGGACCGGCAAGACCUCCGCAAAAGAUUCCACCCAGACAACUUCCCCAUCUGGCGAUUCUUGGAAGGCGAGGGUGAAGCUGCCUACGAAGGAGGUGGCUUUCCGAUUACCAAGGAGGGGAGGUUGAAGUUUGGAUUCCGUGCGCGAAAGUUCACCAACUUCCAAGAUCACCCGAGACAAGAUAACAUGCGCAUUUCAACUCCUCGCACAAAAUACAGCGCAGAGCCCAUUAACACGGUACCUCUGUACGGACUCCAGCUCAUGAAGCGUGUGAUCGGCGGAUUGUUCCCUGAGUUGACUGAAAUCGGGUUCACCGACAGCCGGCUGUGCUGGUACACGGACAGUAUCGACAACGAGUUCGUCAUCGACUAUGUACCUGGGUACUCGGACUCCCUAUUCAUCUGCAGCGGUGGCUCUGGCCAUGGGUUCAAAUUCCUUCCAAUUCUUGGAAAGUAUGUCAAGAACCAACUCGAACGAGUUCCGGACCGGUUCACUCCCAUCUGGAAAUGGCGAGGCGUCGAAAAAGGCAAAGACUGCAAUGGACUCGAGGAGGGAGAGUCAGGCCCUCGCGAGAUGUCCAAGCUGCAAUUGGCUAAGCCCCAAGACUUCAAAUUCCCUAUCAAGAGCUCCCUUUGA